UAGCAGGCGGCAGGGUCCGGGCCGCGGGAGCCGCGAUGGAGCUGCACAUCCUAGAGCACCGGGUGAGGGUGCUGAGCCUCGCCCGCUCCGGUCUCUGGCUGUACACCCACCCACUCAUCAAGCUGCUCUUCCUGCCCUGCCGCAGCCGGUGCAAGUUCUUCAGCCUGACGGAGACCCCUGAGGAUUACACGCUCAUGGUGGACGAGGAGGGCUUUAAAGAGCUGCCCCCAUCUGAGUUCCUGCAAGUGGCCGAGGCUACGUGGCUGGUGCUGAAUGUGUCGUCUCACAGUGGUGCAGCAGUGCAGGCUGCUGGGGUCACCAAGAUUGCCCGCUCAGUCAUUGCGCCGCUGGCCGAGCACCACGUGUCUGUGUUGAUGCUGUCCACUUACCAGACAGAUUUCAUCUUGGUGCGGGAGCAGGACCUCACCGUGGUUAUUCACACGCUGGCCCAGGAGUUCGACAUUUACCGCGAGGUGGGCGGGGAGCCUGUGCCUGUGGCCAGGGAUGAUUCCAGCAACGGCUUUCCCCGUGCCCAGCAUGCAGGGCCCAGCCCCACAGUGCAUCCCAUCCAGAGCCCUCGGAACCGCUUCUGCGUCCUCACACUGGACCCUGAGACGCUGCCAGCCAUUGCUACCACCCUCAUCGAUGUCCUCUUCUACUCACACAAUGCUCCCAAGGAGGCAGCUUCUGGUGGUGCUGACUCCAGCUCCAUCCCAUUCUUUGCCUUCUCUCUCAUUGAGGGAUAUAUCUCCAUUGUCAUGGACGCUGAGACACAGAAAAAGUUCCCCAGUGACCUCCUGCUGACCAGCUCCUCGGGGGAGCUGUGGAGGAUGGUGCGCAUUGGUGGACAGCCCCUGGGCUUUGAUGAAUGUGGGAUUGUGGCCCAGAUCGCAGGUCCCCUGGCCGCCGCCGACAUCUCUGCCUACUACAUCAGCACGUUCAACUUCGACCAUGCUCUGGUGCCCGAGGAUGGCAUCAGCAGCGUCAUCGAGGUUCUCCAGCGACGGCAGGAAGCCCUGGCCUCCUGAGGCCCAUGGAGAUCAGAGUAGCCUCCCUGCUCUCCCUCAUCCCUGGGCUUCCAAAGACUUGUCUAAGCUAUUUCCUCAAGCUCUGGAAUGAGCCCCCUGUUCCUGACAGGAGACCCCUCGUUCCAUUCUCUAUGUAAGCUGCGUGCAGGCACCGUCUCUCCCAAGGACACGUGUGUGUACCCACAGGAGGAGUGGGCAGGUGCUAGCCCGACCGCAUGUCUGCCCACAUGGGCACACGGUGCUCGGGGCUGAAGUCCCCAACCCAUCACUCCCUGUGCGGCCUCAGCAUUUGCACAGUCCCUGCCUGAGGCCCGAGCCGUCCCCCCUCCAGCCUCCCUGGACCAGCUGCUCCCUGGCUAGGUGAGUCCUGACAGUGCCUCUCCCUGCUGGGGCCUCCAAGAAAAGUAUUUUUACAUCUGUCUCUCUCCUUUUUUUAUUGACUUGUUAAUAAAGGACUUUCUAGUGAC